AUGUGUGAGGAUAACCAGACUGAAGUAACAGAGUUUGUUCUGUUGGGGUUUGGACAUCUACACAAGCUCAAAAUUCUGCUCUUUACUCUGUUUCUACUAAUCUACUCUGUGAUACUGGGUGGGAAUCUGCUCAUCUUGCUAUUGGUGACCACCACUGACCAUCUCAAUGUUCCAAUGUUUUACUUCCUGCAGCACUUGGCCCUAUCUGAUAUGGUUCUUGCUACGGACAUUAUACCUUUAAUGCUUGAUGUCACGAUAAAGGAGGAGAGGACAGUAUCGCGUGUUGGCU